AAAAAUGAGAAACUGUCAGACUUUGUCUCCUUAAAAACGUUGUGCAUGAUAAGACAAAUUGUCAACUGUAGCAGUCAGGCUCAAUGGAGGUUGGAUUAAGAGUUGUCAGAGGUCCUGACUGGAAGUGGGGAAACCAGGAUGAUGGGGAGGGACAUGUGGGGACUGUGGUGGAAAUUGGAAAGCCAGGAAGCUCCACAUCACCAGACAAAACUGUGGUUGUGCAAUGGGAUUCUGGUUCAAGGACAAACUAUCGUGUGGGCUAUCAAGGAGCAUAUGAUCUCCGAGUGUUAGACAAUGCACCCAUUGGUGUUAAGCAUCAGAACAUAAUUUGUGAUGCCUGUAAGAAACAAGGAAUCCAGGGCAUGAGAUGGAAAUGCACCAAAUGUCAUGACUUUGACCUCUGUACAGCCUGUUAUAUGGCAGACAAACAUGAUCUAGGGCAUGCAUUUCUCAGAAUUGAAAAUGCUUCUUCCAGAGGUGAAAAAAUGCCAAAGAGAAGGGACACUCAAAAUAGCACCAAACUGCAGUCCUAUGGCAUAUUUGCUGGUGCCAAGGUCAUCAGAGGGCCGGACUGGGACUGGGGAAAUCAGGAUGGUGGAGAGGGAAAGAUAGGUAAGACAACUGACAUACGAGGAUGGGACUCGGAAUCUGGUCGGAGCGUUGCUCAUGUGACCUGGCAGUCUGGGUCAACCAAUGUAUACAGAGUGGGACAUAAAGGAAAAGUGGACUUGAAAUACAUCAGUGCUGCUCCAGGAUGGAGCUACUAUAAGGAACACCUACCUGUUCUAGGUAAACUAGGAGAGUUUCCAGAUGUUGUUGCCCAGGGUGGAAUUCCUUGUCAGUUCAAAGUUGGUGAUAAAGUCCGUGUUGACUUAGAUGCAGAUAUUCUAAAGUGUAUGCAGGAAGGGCAUGGAGGAUGGAACCCACGCAUGGCCGAGUACAUUGGGAAGGUUGGCACAGUCCACAGAAUCACAGAGAGGGGUGACGUUAGGGUACAGUAUGAAGGAUGUACCAACAGGUGGACAUUUCACCCUGGGGCACUCACAAAGGUGCAUGUUUUCGCUGUCAAUGACUGUGUAAGGAUCUCCGACAAUAUACAUCAAGUUAAAGAACUUCAAAAAAGUCAUGGAGAAUGGACUGAGAACAUGAGAACUACCCUUGGAAGAGUGGGAAGAGUGCUGAAGGUAUACGCUGAUGGUGACCUUCGAGUUGCAGUGGCCAAUCAAACAUGGACUUUCAACCCAGCAUGUUGUUCUAUUGUUCCAUCAAUAGAACCAGACAUCAAUAACACCAAUGGAGGACAUGAUCAGCAUGAUCACUCUACAACUCUCUCGGAUUUACUGGAGCAGUUGAUGGACAUAAGAGCAGAUACCACUGGCCCAGAGAGAUUGGUCAGAGAGGCAGCUCAAGGUCAUGCAGAGGCUGUCAAGGACAUUGUCACGAAACACCCAGAUAAAGUGGACCAGAAGAGCUCGGGAAAGUCUGCACUACAAGUGGCAAGUCAUCAGGGUCACAAAGAGAUUGUCCAGAUUCUGCUCGCUCACAACGCUAAACUCACCGUACAGGACGAGGAUGGAGACACGGCACUCCAUUACUCAGCCUUUGGAAACCAACCUGAAGUAAUGGAAUUGCUUCUCAAGAAAGGUGCUCAAAUUAAUGCAUUGAACAAUGGGGGAUGUAGUACAUUGCAUGUAGCAGUCAACAAGCAGCAUGCUGAGUGUGUCCGAAUCUUGCUCAAAUACAAGUGUAAUGUUAACAUUCAGGACUCCUAUGGAGACACAGCUCUUCAUGAUGCUAUUGGUAAGGAAAAACAGGACAUCAUAGAGGGCCUCAUUAACUAUCCCAGUAUUGACUUCACUCUGAAGAACAAACGAGGAUUCAACGUUCUACAUCAUGCUGCUCUGAAGGGAAACAGCUUUGCAACUGAGAAGAUUCUGCUCAAGUGUCGACAGAUAGUUGACAUCAAGAAAGAUGAUGGGUUCUCUGCCAUACACUUGGCUGCACUCAAUGGACACCGGGACGUCACUCACUCUCUCCUGACCCAACAGGGUCAAGCCAACAUUGAGAUCAGAAACAACAGACAACAAACACCUUUACUUCUGGCUGUGUCUCAGGGUCACACCUCCAUUGUGGAGCUCCUUGUCAGCAGUGGGGCGGAUCUAAAGGUGGAGGAUGAGGAUGGGGAUACUGCACUACAUCUUGCCCUCAUGAGACAGAGUGUGACAACAGAGCAAGAGAACACACCCAUGUUAGACUCUAUAAGAGAACACCUUGAGAAUAAGGAAGUGGAGGAGAUCACCUGGGGUGUACUAAUGACCUGUUACCUGGCAGAGAAAGGUGCUGACCUGUACCACAAAAACCACCAAGGAAAAACACCACUGAACAUUAUAGGAGAGGCUAAGAUAGAGGAGGUGGUGCAAGAGUAUGCCACAGGAAAUGUCACCAACAUCCCAUCUGUGGAGAAGGAGAAAGAAUGCAUUAUCUGUGAGGACCAGCAGGCCAACAUUAAGUUUGAGCCAUGUGGACAUGUGGCAGUAUGCCAUGAUUGCUGUCAGAGGAUGAAGAAGAUCAAACGCUGUUUUAUCUGUCGUUCCAACAUCGAAUCUAAGAAAAUAGGUGAUAAGGAAGUGUGUGAGCCUAUUGACAAUCCCCUACCAACAGAUGAAGACAUUACAGUAUGUACUAUCUGUAUGGAGAGGAAGAAGGACACAGCUUUUCUAUGUGGACACAUGGUGUGUCACGUGUGUGGGGAGUCUUUACGGAAUUGUCAUAUGUGUCGGCGAGUAAUCACAAAGAAGAUCCCCAUCUACCUGUAGGGACCUCAGCAAGUAAUUACCAAGAAUAUCCCCAUCUACCUGUAGAGACCUCCGCAAGUAAUUACCAAGAAGGUCCCUGUCUACCUGUAGGGACCUCAUAGGGCCAUGAUUAUGAAUGGUUGUUGCUAUACAUACAGUGACAUCCUUCUAGGGACCUCCUAUUGGGAAUUGGAAUGAGAUGCACCUUCUAAAGAGUGUCCCCCUAUCAUUAGAAAGGAAAUUUUAUUAAUGAACUCUAUUGAAUUUAUCACUGUUUUGGAGUAUUUUAUAGUCUUAUAGACUUGUAUCAAAUUAUAGCACAUGUGAUGUAUUUUGUGUGACUGUGCAACAGGAUGUAAUAAUAUUGCAUGUGAUGCUCACCUUUGCAUGUUUAUUCAAAGUAUAAAGACAUACCAGGCAUUUAUAUAGCAUAGUUGUCUAAAUGUUAGGUUUUAUAAUUUAUUUUUGUCAAUUUUUACCUCAAUAUUGAAUGUUAUACCUUUGUUUAAAUUUCAUUAUUUUAUUCAUCACCAGUUGUUUUCAGUGUGUUUUGUUGAAUAUGUCAGAAGAAUUUUUUGGAAAAAGAAAAGUCCAUUUAUUAGGAAAAAGGUCAGUGAAAAUUUGAGAAAAUUUGCAAAAAGAACCAUAACAUUGAGUGAUUGCAUCAUGACAACCUGUACACAAUCGGAAGUUGACCAAAGUUGUGAGGUGUUUAGGAGACAGUGCUUUGAGCUGUGAUAGAGUUGUCUCCCUUACAGAGAUGAUACAGGGAUUCACCAGUGUGAUAGGUGUUUCACAAACUCAGCAGAGUGAAUGUUCACCAAAUACUAUAUAUCAUGGCUUUGUUGUGUUAUCGUAUAUUUUUGUUGUAUUUGAUUCAAAGGAAACAACAGUUUUUUGUUGUGCAAAUGCAUUGCUUUUUUUCAUUAUCAACUGGAUUUUUUGUUCACCUUCCAUCACAUAUUUGUGUAAUAAUUUGGUGCAAACAUGUACUGUAGCAAUCAAUUGAGUUUAAGGUAAGAUUUUCCUUUAUUUAGGAAAUGAUUUUUACUGGUUUAUUGAAAUUGACAAAAUAAAGUACAUGUAUAUAGACUCAUCAUAUUGUGCCCAUCUAAGUUUUUUAUUCUGUAGAAGAGAAAAAUGAGACACCUUUUUCAGAGACACCUGUUUUCAGAUGUAAUUUUAUCUCCAAAUUUGUUUGAAGAAAAAAAAAAAUUGGAUGGUACAUGUAUAUGAAUUUUUCAUGUCGGAGAUAAUUUGCACUAAUUUGUAAUAGUGUUCUUGCAGACUUUUCUGAAAAGAAAUUGCAUAUGUGUAUUAAGAAGCCAACCGGGCAUAAAACAUGUGUAUUUAUUUAUUCAUUUUUAAGUUAUUUAGUGGAUGGUCAUACAUUUGUGUUUAAUUUUUUGCUACCUCUUCUAAUAAAUUUAGCUUGUGAUACAUCAAUUUCAGUCAAAACCAAAAACAGAACAGAUAAUGUACAAGCGUAUGUAUGUUUACAAUGUUACUCAAUGUAAAUGUCUGUGUGGAAGACAAUUAAACCAUGGUUUAUUUAUGUCCAUGAAAUAACACUUUAAAAUGAGGGAUUGGGGGAAAUAAAUAUUGUGAUUAGAGCUGAUAAUUUUUUAUUAAACUUUUGGUCAUUUAUAUUAAAAAUACAUGUAUCAAAAGACUAUAUAA